AGAGCUCGAUCCCGAGGAGGGAGAAGCGCGUAUCCAGGCGCGUCGCCCGUUAGCCGUGCGACAAUCUUAGACACGGACGUGAGCGUCGGUUAUAACGUUAUGUCGACACCGUAACGUUUGGUCUGGAAAACAUGCGGUUACGGCGGCGGCUGAGGCGGCACAGGAGCUGGAUGUUGGGAUAGGGAGCUACGGGGAGAGGGUUCGUUAUCUUGGCAGCUAGCGAGCGGGCGAGCUAGCGUUAGCACAGGAGCGGCGCUAAACUUCGAGGCUAGCCAGCAAACACAAUUUGCUACGAUCGGGAUUAAAAAGUCGGGCCACCUCAUGCUCGUCGUUUUUCCUUACAAAUGGGAUUUAUGUAUCACUACACGGAUACUGUGUCUUCGGCCGAUGGUUGAACACGCGAAACAAUCGUGCAACUAUUUUGUUUACUGCUUGCACAGUACCAGUAUUGAUUACAGGCGAGCUGGUUAAUCUGUGGGUUUGGUGAACACAGGCCAUGGACUGAACAGCCUUCAUCAGCCAAAGGUAGCUAGCGCUCCGGCUGGCUGGCUGGCUGCUUAUAGAAAAAGCCAGAUUUAGACCCACAUACCUAUUAAUUUUACCUUUGAACUACUUAACCAUCUUAAACAAUCAUUUGGCUGGAUGUAGCAUAAAGCUGUGCCCUGGAUCAUGUUUGGGAUAGUCAAGUGGAGAUAACCGGAUUAUUCUCUUAAUUUGAAUAGUCAAAUUUGGUACUACAGAUAGCUAGCUGGCUGUUUCUAGCGCAAUACGAUGUCUACUGCAAAAGAGAACCCAUGUAGAAAGUUCCAAGCGAAUAUUUUCAACAAAAGCAAAUGUCAGAACUGCUUCAAACCGCGGGAGCUGCAUCUUCUGACCGACCAAGACCUAAAUCAGGCCAAACCUAUCUAUGGAGGCUGGCUGUGCUUGGCUCCCGAAGGAACAGAUUUUGACAAUCCAAUGCAGAGAUCCCGGAAAUGGCAGCGGCGGUUCUUUGUCCUCUACGAACACGGCUGCUUACGCUUCGCUCUGGACGAGUCGCCAAGCACACUACCGCAAGGAACUGUCAACAUGAACCUCUGCACAGAUGUGAUUGACGCCGAGCCCAAAACCGGCCAGAAGAAUGCGCUGUGCAUUGUCACACCAGAGCAGGAGUACUACAUCCGUGGAGAUAACAAAGAAAUCAUCAACGGUUGGAGCGAGCAGCUGGUCGUUUAUCCACGGACCAACAAGCAGAAUCAGAAGAAGAAGAGGAAGGUGGAGCCGACGGCCACCCAGGAGCCUGGACCAGCGAAGGUAGCUGUGACGGGCUCAGGUAUCCCUGAGGCUGAGAAGGUUCCAGACUCCAGCUCCAUCAUAUGGCAGGAGGAACUGCACAGCCGAGAAGCGGAAGCUUCGCAGGUGUGGUCCUCCACUGAUAUGGCACCACAGAGCUCGGUGCUGCCCUCUGCAGCCGAGGAUGUGCUGGUGGGUCGCGGCUCGAACCAGGGCUCAGUGAACGGAGAUGAGGUGGACCGGAGUGGGUUCUCCUUCCCCCAACUGGGCGCGCAGCCGCCGCGGGACCUCCUGUCGCCGACGGGAAGCACGUCAAGCCGGCACAGCGCCGAGGCGGGCGGCGUGCCCCGCUGCCUGUCGCCCGCUCCCAGUGACCCCUUCCCGUCGGGCAGCAGCCUGCUGUCCAACGGCUCGCACAUCAGCGGCUCCAUGAGCUCCCUGGACUCUGACGCCAGCGGCAGCACAGUGGCCAGCACGGAGAGCCACGCGCCCCGACUCCGCCGCCCCGAAGGCGAGGCCCGCAAGACGGAGAAGCGCAGCCGUCUGUGCAGCCCUGACCGGCGGGACAGGGAGACGCUCUUCAGCCCAGAGAGGAGCGGCCGCUCCAACGUCAUCGAGAAGCUGGAGGCGCUGGAGCUUGAGCAGCCGGAGCGGAUGGAGGUGGAGGAGGCACGCCGUGGCGAGGCCAGGCAGGGCCGCAGUGAAACGAGGCGUUCCCACCGCCAGGAGCAACGCAGUGACCCGGCGCAAGACCUGGACUUCUGUCCCUCCACCCUGCCCCCACUCAGACGAGCCAAGUCACUGGACCGCCGCACAACAGAGUCGGUCAUGACGCCAGACCUGCUGAAUUUCAAGAAAGGUUGGAUGGUGAAGCUGGAUGAACAUGAACAGUGGAAGAAGUACUGGUUUGUGCUCACAGACCACAGUCUGCGCUAUUACAAGGACUCCAUUGCUGAGGAGGCUUCUGAUCUAGAUGGGGAAAUUGACCUCACCACAUGCUAUAGUGUUACAGAAUACCAAGCUCAGCGAAACUAUGGCUUUCAGAUCCAUACCCAGGAAGGAAUACACACCCUCUCUGCCAUGACGGCAGGGAUUCGUCGCAACUGGAUCCAGGCUGUGAUGAAGAAUGUGCGACCCUCCACUGCCCCCGAUGUUGCUAGCCUGACGGACGACCAUGGCUCCUGCAUCGCCUUCGAGAGCCUCGUGCGACCUGAUGUCACUCAGGACUCGCCGUCCUCCGAUGCCUCGUCCAUGGAGCAGGAGCCCAAGAGGAGCCGCGCACGGGAGCGGCGGCGCGAGGGGCGCUCCAAGACCUUCGACUGGGCCGAGUUCCGGCCCAUCGCCCAGGCCCUGGCCCAGCAGCGGGCGCACGAAGCUGACGCCCUACAGGCUCUGCCAGCCGACGCCGAGCGCAGCCGCAGGAGGGAGGAGAGGCGCAGGCGGUACGAGAGCGUGACAGGGGGCACUGCCGUCGUCGACCCUGUCGUUACCACGGACGCCGGCGUGAUGGACGUAGAGAACACGAGCCCGGGUCCUUGCAGCGCGUGUCCGCUCUCCCCGGAGCGCCAGCAAAAGGUGGAGGACGAGAUCGAGCAGCGCUGGCAGCAGGUGGAGAAGACCCCCAUCCGAGAAGAGAGGAGGGUGCCAUUGUCCACAGCACUGAGGAGCAGAGAGACCACCGAGCUGGAAAAGCUACUCGAAAGUUACAAAAAGGGGGUAUGCUUCCAUGUUCCACAGACUGAUCUCCGUGGAGAAAACCAAGAAUCGGUAGAAGAACUGAAAAUGCAGCUGGAGAUGUGCCACCUACAGCUGGCAGAUUCAGACCAGCAGCGGCGUGCGCUGGAGGGCCAGCUCAAGGUGGCUCUGGAGCGCGAGCACCAGGUCCGAGCCGGCUACAUCUCCCCGCUGGAGUCACCUUUGAGUCUUGAGACAAAGCUCCUGAUGAAGAAGCCGGAACUGGUUAGUUCUCAAGCGCAGAGCUUAACAAAGAAGUACCAGGAGACCAAAGAGCUUCUCCAGCUGCAAGAACUGAGAAAACGCAACAUGCAAGCACAGCUUGGCCUUUCGCUUUCAUGCUUGUCCACCAAGGAGCCUUACUUUCCUGACACCAAAUCAGCCACUUCACAUGAGAUUCUUCCUUCUGAUUCUAUUACAAAACCACUCACUCUUCUACUUCUGGAUAAUGAGGGCAAGAUAAAAGAGCUUGAGGACUUGUUAGAUUGUAGUAGGCCAUUGUCAGUGAAGGAGUUGAUGAAGUUACUGCACUCUCUCAGGGAUUCAGAAUCCUCUGAUUUUCUUCAAGAGAAAAAUGAACAUGAUGGGACAGAUGACAUAACAAAGUGUCAGAAACUUCUGGAAAAUCUUAAAAACCAACAGGACAUUGAAAAUGAGACAGUGAGGAACAGUCUUGCCAAGGCUGGUGACAGCAUUCGUGAUUACGAAGCUCGUCUGAUCACUAUGGAGGACAUGUUGGGGAGGGUACAGAGACAGAAGGCUGAGAAUUUGAAAACCCCCUGUGUGUCGCCCUGUCAACGAGAUGACCCUACACAAAUAACCAACUGUGGUCUCUCUCAGAAGGUUGAACUGCUAACGAGUGAAAACGAUGCACUAACCCAACGCUAUCAGGAAAUUGUCAACCAGCUGAGAGAGGCAGACAGGGAAAUAGACAGACUAAAGGCAGAGCUUCAGAGACUUCAGAAUGGCCAGCAGCAUCAGCUGGCCAGAGUAGGCCAGGACAUCCCUAAGCAAGAGGACAAAGAAGUAAAUGAGCAUUUCUAUGAACAACAACUCAAUGAGAAGUCUCAGAAGCUUCAAGAGGCUCUCCUGAAGUUAGAAAUGCUAGGAAACAGUUUAAAAGAAACAGAAAAAAGGCUGCAGCUUAAAGAAGCUACUCUCAAAGGUCUUGGAUUUCAGCUACCUGAAGAUGACAAGGACGAGUCUCUCCUAGAAAAAGAAAAGCUCAGGCAUCAUAUAGAGGUCAUCGAGUCCAAGCUUUCUGAAAAGGAAAGGCUACUUCAUUCUGCUGACAAGUUCUGCCAAGAACUUCAAGCACAGAACAAGGAGCUCCAAGUGAAGAACCAAGAAUGCGAAAAGACUUUUAAUCAACUACUUUUAGAGGCUAGGGAGGAGAUUAGAAUGUUGCACGAAAGAGAUGCGGUAGAGGUGGAGUCAAAUAAUAGAAGUGGAGUAGACCGCGAGUGCCAAGGGUCACUGCAGAGUUGUGGAGGUACGACAGAGGAAGUGCUGGAAGGAUUCAGGAGGAGGACUGAUGCUCUUAACCUGGUGCUGGAGGUGUUGAUCAAAGCCAAUGAAAAAAAUAACAUGUGCGAGUCAUUCAGCAUUGGCAUUGAGAAGGACAGUUCGGCAAGGAUCUGGACGGGCGUGACGAAGGUGUUGUUUGAACAGGAGAUUUUGAGUAGAGUUUUGGGAGGUAUUGAGAAUUGUGAGGGUGACUGUGCACAACCAUUUGCUGCUGUUAAAGAUGUUGUAGGGUGCAUGCUAAUGGAAAAUAAAAUACUAUUUUCUAUGAUGAACCUCUCUGCAGAGCAAGACACUGAAACCUCAGUAAAUACGGAAAACACUGAAACAGCUAGCCUGCUGGUGGAUCAGACUAAAGUGGCAGAUAACCAUAUAAUUGCUGUCAUUAUGAAAGAACUUACUGAAGAAGUCCAAAAUAAAGUAACCCUGCUGAAUCAGAUUGCUUCUCUGGUUAAUGAACCUGCGAAUGAGCUGCUCCAGUCCUUGGCUUCAGCACACUCUAACUGUGUGUCUGACAAAGGACUGUGGUCCCAGUAUGUUCAUGAUGCCAUUUUAGAUGUAUCUUGUACAUAUUUUAUAAUGCGACAAAGAAUCCAGCAGGAGAAAGAAUUGCAGGCAGAAGUACAGUCUGACCUACAUGCAACAAAGGAUGCCUGUUCUUAUUGUCCUCAGUUAAGAAAGCAGAACAUGGAGCAGAAAGCAAAGCUUAAACAAAUGCAGAUCCAGUUGUCAAGCCUCCAGAAUCCCAUCAGUGAAGAUUCAAAGCCAGUGACCCACAUGCAGAUAGAGGGAGAACCCAUCGAUUCUCUGGAUAAAGCCAUUCAGAUACAAGACAUGGUGGCCAAACAUAAAAAGGAGCUUCGGGAAUUAAGGGAAUUGUACGAUCAGGAAGCAGGAAAGCUGCGACAAGAAGUAGCUAAGGCUGGAGAAACUCUAAGACUGAGAUCAGAGGAGAACAUCAAAGAGAUCGACUCCUUGACACACUGCAUGGAAAAUCUAAGGAAGAAACAUGAGAUGGAGCAAAACCUACUUGUGGACCAUUUCAACCAGGAGAUGGAAGAGCUUAGUGUUGCUUUGGGCCUUCAGAGGGCAGACCUUCCAGAUGACGGCCAGCCAAGCCCAGCUUCCCUCAAACAGCGGAUCCACAACCUAGUGUCGCAAGUGUCUGACAUGACCGAAGAGACGAGGUGUCGAGAUGAGGACGCUGCAUUGCUCCGUCUGAAAUACGAGAAAGACCUGGAAAACCUAAAGGCCACGUGUGAGAGGGGAUUCGCUGCCAUGGAGGAGUCCCAUCAGAAGGUCGUCGACGAGCUACAGAGGAAGCACCAGCGGGAACUAGAGAAGCUGCAGGAAGAGAAGGAGAGGUUGCUGGAGGAGGAGACUGCGGCCACCAUUGCUGCUAUUGAAGCAAUGAAGAAUGCACAUCGGAUUGAGCUGGAGAAAGAAUUGGACAGAGCACGCAAGGCAAACAGCAAUGCAGAAAAUGCGGACAUUGAGGAAAUUCGCAGGCAGCAUGAGGAGGAGCUUGUGUCCUUCCAGCGAGAGAUCGAGGUGCUGUCCGAGCAGUACUCCCAGAAGUGUCUGGAGAACGCGCACCUGGCUCAGGCGCUGGAGGCCGAGCGGCAGGCCUUACGCCAAUGCCAGAGAGAAAAUCAGGAGCUUAACGCACACAACCAGGAGCUGAAUAAUCGUCUAGCUGCAGAGAUAACUAAAAUGAGAUCAAUGACCAGUGAGGAGGGGGGAGAAAGUGGAACAGUUAUUCACGGGAAGGAGCGGUACGAACUAGAGGUUAUGCUGAGGGUGAAGGAAUCAGAGGUUCAGUAUCUGAAGCAGGAAAUCAACUCACUAAAGGAUGAACUGCAAGCUGCCCAACGAGAUAAGAAGUAUGCCACGGAUAAGUACAAGGACAUGUACACGGAGCUGAGCAUCGUGAAGGCAAAAGCAGAGCGGGACCUGGGGCGUCUGCGGGAGCAGCUGCAGAUGGCCCACGAGGCUCUGGGAGAACCCACACCCGAGGACGUCCAGCGCCGAGGCUACGAUAUCAUGAAGUCAAAGAGCAACCCCGACAUCCUGAAGAUGGCAGCGGCAGCGGCGAAACGCUCUGAGCGCACCAUGAGGUCGAAGGAGAAAGCCUGUCUGUGGCUCGAGACAUGCCCUGGGACAGCUAAAGCCAUGAAGAGUCUAAAGGAGGGCUUGACACCAGAGCAAAGGCUCCACUUGUUCGACAACAAGGACGCUAAAGAAUUCUGACACUGAACCAUCAGCCUGACUUGCUGCAUGUCCUAAAGGGCCUGUCAUAUAUUAGCCCAGUAACCAAUCACUUAGAAACACACUGGUCACUGCACACAGCAUAUAUUAAACAUGGUAUGAAGUUUGAAUUUUAUGUCUGUAGUCUGCAUUUCGUGCACUUCAGUUACUGUGACUUUUUUUUAUUACCAUGUCUUAAUGUAAAUAUUUGUUUUUAAUGAAGCAUCUAUCAUGCAUACACUAAACAUGACCGUGUAAGCUACUGUUUUAACUCUUUAGUACGUGUGAAUAGCCAAAGGAUAAGUAUGUAAUGACUCAAAUUAUACUUAAUAAAGAGUAGAUACAAUCAUACCUGCAGACUUCCCUAUUAAGAUAGAUGUGGUAUGCACAUUCCUGCCAGCUUCACUCCAUUAUCUGGAUGAAGUAGAAUUGCUGGCCAAGUAUAAUUUGACAAAUUUGACACUGCUUUAAUACUCAAAAGUAUUAACUUGUACAUGGUGAUUACUAAAAUGUUUUAAGUAUAGGACCAUUCUGAGAUAAUGACCAGUUGAGGCACGGACUUGUAUUUGGAGGGCUUUUUGUUAAUGUAAAAUAUAUACAAAUUUAUAUAGGGUUUCCUUUGUGUAAUCAUGGUCAAUCCACUGAUUGGGAGUUUGAUUUCCUUCCUACCACCCCCACUCGUCUUCCCCAUUAAGCUGACAUCUAGUGUUGUUCAGUGGCAGUUGCCAGUAUUUAUUUAAAUGUUUUUGUUGUUGCUGUUGUUUUAGUUUUUUUGUUUUGUUUUUUCUUCGCUCACAUUUCCAUUCCUCUGUAUGUUGUUACUGUAAAUAUACCACAAAUGUACACCAACUGACAUGUUUAUUAGCAAUAAAUAUUUUUGCACCCUG